UUGUCAUUUUUAGUAACAAACUAAGUUGAUACGUACGUGCAAAUGUCAACCCAGUGUCUUGUUUACCGAAAAAAUAAACAAAAUAUGUGUAAAAAACACUGAAUACAACGUUUCCACAAUCAGUCCCGUUUUGUUACUAAUUAAACUACAAUAAGUCGUUCAUUGCUAUGGAAAAAGCGGAGUUGUCGGAUGACAUCACUCACACGUUUGCCCUCGCAACCGACCAAUACAUGGUACAAGUCGAAGAAAUGGACGACGAACAAGAGCAACUCACUGCCGAAAACACCGACGACUCCAACCACGACCCCAUCGAUAAAGUUGGAACGCCCCUUCGAGAACAAGACCGCUUUCUCCCCAUCGCCAACGUCGCGAAAAUCAUGAAAAAAGCAAUCCCAGAAACAGGAAAGGUAGAUAAAAUCGCCAAAGACGCACGCGAAUGUGUCCAAGAGUGCGUUUCUGAGUUUAUUAGUUUUAUUACGAGCGAAGCGAGCGAUCGCUGCUACAUGGAAAAGCGGAAAACGAUCAACGGCGAGGAUAUUUUGUACGCGAUGAGUUCAUUAGGGUUUGAUAAUUAUGUAGAGCCGUUGAAGAUUUAUUUGCUCAAGUAUAGAGAGGCGGCCAAAAGCGACAAGAAUUUGCAACCCAGCGAACUGGCGUUCGAAGAAGCGGCAGACGAGAGUUAUAACACAACGAUCACGUCGCGGAAUCUUAUUGCAGCGGAGCCGGGGGGCACGGAAACGGUCAUUUACACGUAUCAGGACACUAACAUUCACCAGUUUCAGAUAAAUUAAGGCCGUUUAGUUGACUUGUGUACAUAUUUAUUAAGGGAAUAACUAAUAAAAAAAUAGUUAAUAGUUA